AUGUGCAUUAAAAGUCAGAAUAUCUUGGCCUUUGCUGCAAUGUUCAUUAAAGGAAAUUGAGACUUGACUGAGGAGGGCUAGCUGCGUCACCUCAACUUGAAUUUAGCAUAGUGAUCAAACAAUAUGUUCAUAGACAAAAAGACAGAACACUGAUUUUUUUCCCCACAUAGGUUGCUCAACUCUUUGUGGUUUCUGACUUGAAUAUUCUUGGCUGGGUGACCUCUCUCAUCCCACCUUCCCCCAUCAUGUCUAAAGCCACAUGACAACUCUCUGCUCUUCCUCCGUUCUUUCUCUGUGGUCCCUCUCCUCACAGCAAGUCCUCCUGACAGACUUGAAGCGACAGAGCUGACCUGGAUCUAUCCGCUGAGCCUGUGUCCCACGCUGAGGCCUCUUCAAGCAGACGGACUUACAGAUACGCCAGCAUACAGACAACGGUGUCAGCAGCCCAUCAACGGCACCAUCCGACACUGCAUCCACACCAUCCUCCCCCAUCCUCCUCCUCCUCCUCCUCGUCACGUCUGACAUGGCAGACCCCAGCCUCACGUCGCCCUCCGGGACACCGCUGCGUUCCCCGAGCACCUCUCUCACCCUGUCCUUCCCCUUCCUGAGGGAGGGGAGCCGGGUAUGGGAGGAAGGGAAGGAGCAGCCGCUGCCCAGGGAUUUGCCCAGCCCCCUGCCAACCAAACGCACCCGCACCUACUCAGCUACGGUACGUGCUCACUCAGGUCCAGUGUUUAAGGGAGUGUGUAAGAACUUCUCCAGGUCACAAGGUCACGGCUUCAUCCGACCCUCCCACGGCGGUGAAGACAUCUUCGUUCACAUCUCAGACAUCGAGGGGGAGUAUGUCCCGGUCGAGGGCGACGAGGUCACGUACAAAGUUUCCCGCGUCCCGCCCAAAAACCUGAAGGUGCAGGCGGUGGAGGUGAAGAUCACACAUCUCAAUCCAGGGACGAAACACGAGACCUGGUCCGGGCAGAUCAUCAGCUCGUAGGCCUGAGCUCUGGGGCCUGGUGGGUGGUGCC